AUCACAUUACAAGUCUCUUUCUUUUCUACUUGUCUAAGCUCUGUAUGUCACUUCCAUACUUUGGUGGUAAUCUCAAGAAAACUACAAUAACUAGAUCAUGCAGGCCUUUAAGAUAAACGAGAGUAAGAUCCUAAAAAGGAUACUUAACUUUGAUAGUUCCAAAGGAGAUUAUCAGAAUCCAUCACUAGCCAAGAAGGGAACUCAUCAUAAUUUGAAUCAAUCAUCUCAAAACUCAAGAACAUGCUUCCAUCAUCACACCAAAAAGAUCUUUGUUGGUUCUUGGAAUGUUGGAGGAAUCCAACCGCCAAAGAAUCUGGACAUGGAAGAUUGGCUAGAAAUACAAAAUAAUUUUCCGGAUAUCUAUGUUCUAGGGUUCCAAGAAAUUGUGCCUUUGAAUGCAGCAAAUGUGUUAGGACCCCAAAACCGAAGAGUUUCAAGGAAAUGGAAUUCGCUCAUCGGCGCGGCCCUUAACAAAAGAAUGCCAACCAAGAAAGGAGAAAGAACAGCAGAGCCUCAAAAGGUGUAUCCCCUGAAGGAUCAAGAACAAGUUUGUGUAGAAGGUGAUGUUGGACAAGAUUUCCAAUGCAUCAUAAGUAAGCAAAUGGUUGGAAUGUUUGUCACAAUUUGGGUUCGAUGCGAAAUCUAUCGAUCCAUCCAUCACUUGAGUGUUUCGUCGGUUGGAUGUGGAAUCAUGGGUUUCUUGGGAAACAAGGGUUCAAUAUCAAUUAGAUUUUGCUUGCAUGAAACGAGCUUCUGCUUUAUAUGUAGUCAUCUAGCUUCCGGUGGAAAAGAAGAAGACCGGAAACAGAGAAACAUCGAUGCGGCCGAGAUUUUGUAUCGGACAAGCUUCCCUGCUGAUCCUCUUCAUGAUAUGCCUGAAAAAAUUAUGGAUCAUGAGUAAGUUUAUUGGUUGAAUUCAUUCAAUAAAUGAAGUUCAAAAGUGAAGCUGUGGAAAAAGAAUGAGCCACUUAACAAUGAUUAUGUAGUAUCACUAUGUUGGCUUAUUGUUCAGCAGCAAGAAGAAAAACGUGUAAAUUAGAUUGACCUCUCAUGUAAUUAAACAAUGAGUAAUGGUACGAAGCCAACUUUUUUCGGCCAA